GACGUAGCGGAGGUGUUGGAUGCAGCUUAGAGCCUUCAAAACUGAUCCGGUUCCGAAUGCCGCUGGUCAGUUUCCUACAAGCAGCAGUUCCGUUCGCUUCUUGGUGAUCGAUAUUCAUGACGAUGGUGUUCUCCUACUCGAUGAUGAUCGCUUUCACCGUGGUGUUGUUUUUACUUUCAAUUUGCAGUGCUGAGAAGACAGAGAGUACUUCAGAAGGCACGCCGCAUUCGACCUCGGUGGUGCAGCAGCAGUGCAGCGUCUGCUGGAGCACGGAAAGUGCGGGCCAUUGCCAGCACGGUGCCAAAACGGAACCAUGUUCCGACGAUCAGCUCGAUGCGACCGUUAGCAAGCUGCGCCUGAUUAAUCCGGCGGCGAAGGUGCACGUGGCGGACAACAGUUCCACCGGUGGACAUCAGGGUAUGCAGCACAAGUGCUACACGCUGUCCGCCACUACCGGCGUUGGUGCAUCGAGGAAGGUGUUCUACGCCAAAGGGUGCACGACGGCAGCGAUAGAUCCGUGCACCGGUUGGGCCAAGGAAAAUGGUGACUGUGAACUGUGCACCGGAAGCAACUGCAACGCCGCGGCCCCGGUGGAGUUGGGACGCAACGUAGCUGGCCUCGCGGAGGGGAAGACCAAACACUCAGGAGCCGACACGAUAAGGAUCGUCAACGGCCUAACGGUGGUGCUGCUGGCAGCUGGUGCACUUAUGAUGGGUUGCGCAAACAGUUUCUAAACACUAAGCAAUACAAAUAGUUGCAAUGCGAUACCAAAACCCCCGGCUCAUCUAUCGCUAACGGCAGCGUAACUGGGGUAACUUCUUUAAUUUUAACAUCUCCACCGAACAAUAACGUUCUCUCAUGCCAAAUCCUUACCGUUCUAGACGAUAAAGAAAAGAAAGAAAAAAUGUACUGUUCCAAGAUAAACCCGAACCGGGGCGACACACGAUACACGAUACACGAUGUUCCACCUCGUUUAUGUCACCUACCUAAUUAAAGAAAUCAAACGAUUCCGCAGCAAUAAAGUAUGGUGGGGUGCAAGUGCGCUCAGCCAAUGUUUGAACGAACGGAGAUUACACAUAGGACAGACAUGAAAUAAAAUUUCCAAAAGUGCACU